AUGGCCGCCCUCAAGGCCCGCGUAGCAGCCGCAAUCGACACGAGCAAGGCCAAGGGGGGCUUGAAUGUCGGGCUGCAUCCAGUGCUCGAAAACAUGGGUUCAUGGAAGCCGCAGGGCAAAAGCCGGGACGGUCCGAAGACGCAGCAGAGCUCUCAACCGCAUCUUGCAAAGAGCGUUCACGGCGCGCAACAUGUCCCCACUCAGCAGACACAGCGACAAGACCUCCGCAGCGGGCAAGCGAAUCCGUACUUUGAUGAUGGGAACGUGCCUCAGGUCUCCGGAAGUAAGCGCCGAGAGCCCAAACGCCUGGUGUUCAACCAGAAGGGCAAAUACAUCCAGCAAGCCAGUGCCCUGCGUCGGCAGGCUGCCCUCGAGGCAAUGAAGAGGCGGAUAGCAGAGCAAACGAGGAAGGCAGGGAUUGACGAUGACCUCGACGUUGAGAAGAACUUUGUGGUGGAGGCGCCCCCAGGCAUAGAAUGGUGGGACGAGGGCCUCGUGGAUGGACAAAACUACGACGGAAUCGAAAACCCGGCCAAGCUCAAACUAAUAACCCCCGACAGCAUCGUCACCGAGUAUGUGCAACAUCCAGUUGCGCUUGAACCGCCACAGAAUCGCCUCGCUACCCCAGCCAAACCCAUGUUCUUGACGUCGAAAGAGCAGGCCAAACUUCGGCGCCAGCGAAGAAUGGCAGAACUCAAGGAGAUGCAGGCAAAGAUUCGCCUCGGUCUCGUCCCGGCUCCCCCCCCCAAAGUGAAGAAGGGAAAUUUGAUGCGGGUUCUUGGAGAUGUUGCAGUCAAAGAUCCAACGGCGGUCGAAGCGAGAGUGAACCGCGAGAUUGCGGAGCGGCAUCAGAAACACGUCGAAGCCAACGAGGAGCGACAAUUGACCAAGGAGCAGAAACACGACAAGCUGGCCAAAAACCAGCAAACAGAUGCAGACAAAGGCAUCCAUGUCUUGGUAUUCAAAAUUACGACGCUCGCAAACGGCCAACACAGAUACAAGAUUGCCGUCAACGCCGAGCAACUGGCCCUCUCGGGCACCUGCAUCAUGCACCCUAAGUUUAACAUGGUCGUUGUCGAAGGCGGAGCGUGGGGAAUCGCCAAGUAUAAGAAGCUCAUGCUCAACCGCAUCGACUGGACAGAAAACUCACCGCCAAGACGACGGGACGAGAAGCGGGACCCCGGCCGUGACUGGCUUCAGGCAGAGAGCGAGGACGGAACCUUGAAGGACAUGUCUCUCAACGAAUGCAAGCUCAUCUUUGAGGGCGAGCAAAAGGCACGGGCUUUUCGGAAAUGGGGGAGCAAGGUGUGCGAGACGGACGCUGAGGCAAGGGAGACGCUUGCUCGCGCAAAGAUGGACACUUUUUGGUCCUUAGCCAAAUGCCACGCCUAG